UCUCCGCAGGAAGUGAUUCUGUGUUCAGUUCUGUUCAGAACCUUUUAAACAUGACAUCAUUGAGUCCAUAAAUUGAUUCCUGCAAACAUUAUGUACAUGUUUGAUAUAAAUUUCUGGCUGAAAUAUCCGGUACAUUUCCUAGAAAUGACGAAUGAGAAUUCUACAGAAUACUCCUCAUCCAAAUUUAUAAUUUUCCUCAAAAAUCAAUCGCGAUUAUAAAUCCAUCUCAACUAUUCCACGUAGAAACUAUAAACGAGGGAAUAGUGUUUGAUGAAAUCACUCCACCACUUUACCCUGAAAUCUCGGGGAAUCGGUUUAGAAUUUCAAAUUUUCCCCAGUAGUGCAGGCGUUGAAAGCCCAGACGUUUAUUGAAAAUCAAAAGUGCCACCCAAACUUUCAAAACCUUAAACUCCACUAGUCCACGAAACUCCGAGACAUUCAAGGAAUUGUUUCCUGGAAAACUCCACAUUCAAAUUCCAUCAAAGGAAUUUCUCCAGAAACAAUUUCUCGACAAAAGAAAAUUUAGAAAUUCAGUCACCCCCAAAUUUAAAUAAUAAAAAACCCGGAAACAACCAUAAACCGACAAAUAGAUAAUUUCCCCCAAAAAAUUCCCACCGUUUCGUAUUUCAGUAUCUAUUUCCCCUUAAUCUAAGAAUUUCUAGUUGUCUACGGUGUAUCACCUCCGCCUAGUAUUAAAAUUUCGGUGGCGAGGUGUAACAAUCUCCCCGGAAAUAUGGAUUCCACGGCCUUCAUUAUUUAUUCCCCCUGGAUAUUCAAUCUACUGAAGGAUGAUGAAAGGAUACUCAAGAGUGGGUGGACCCAUGGUCAUAUAUCCGUCUCAACGAGACCGAUUACCAUAUCAAUAACAUCUGAAGUCAACGGCAUUUUUAUUAUCUCUGAAUUGGCGAUUGUCACCACAGGUUUAGCAAUGUCAAGAAUCCGACAGACCUUGAGUCAAAAAGGCCAGCCUCCCCGUCGAAUUCACACAUUUUGGAUGAUAAAUUGGGCGUUUCCGGUGUCACUAUCAGUCCCCGACACUUCCGCGAGGUAUUAAUCAGGUGGAUUAACCGGAGUAUAAAUACCAGAGACACUGACUUAUUUUUGCAGUGAUCUCCAAGACCUCCAAGAUGAAAUUUUCACUAUUUGUUAUUAUUCUGGUGAGUUCAGGAAAUGCCUGGCCAUUUGGUUGGCGACGAAACGCGGAGGAUAACGACGUGGACAGCUCUAAUGAACUUCUGACACACCUGGGGCACUUGGAGGAGAAGAUGUUCGGUGUACCGAGCAAUGAAACUGGCGCCAAAGUGGCGGAGUGGAGUGAGGAGCAGGGCAUUAAUCCUGAGGAGUUGGGAGAGUAUGCAGAGGGUGAUAUACUUUUUCCCUUGGGACACUCCAGGAAUGGACUUAUCGCUCAGACUUCACGAUGGCCCAGUGGAAUUAUUCCGUACAUGAUCAGCCCGUAUUUCAAUAAAAAUCAGAGGGCCCUGAUAAUGGAGGCAAUGAACGAUUACCACGAAAGCACGUGCAUUCGCUUCAUUCCGUACGCGGGUGUACAGAGUGAUUACAUUCGCAUCACAGCUGGAAACACCGGUUGUUGGAGCAGUGUUGGAAGAAUAGGUGGUAGACAGGACGUUAAUCUCCAGGUGCCAGGUUGUGUGACGAAGAAAGGGACAAUUAUUCACGAGCUGAUGCACGCGGUGGGUUUUCUUCAUGAACAGAGCCGCUUCGAGCGCGAUCAAUUUGUGACAAUCAACUGGCACAACAUAAUACCAGGUCGCUCCGGGAACUUUGAUAAAGCGUCCAAAGGCACAACUGAUGGGUUUGGAGUUGGCUACGAUUAUGGAAGUGUCAUGCAUUACUCGGGAAACGCUUUUUCAGUUAAUGGACGACCAACGAUCGUUCCUAGGGAAGGAAACGGCCUUCUGGAUCUAAUAGGCGAGGUUUUCCAGGGAAGAACUAGCAUAAUGCUCGGACAACGUGAGGGCUUCAGCAGACGAGACAUUCAGAAAAUCCGGAGAAUGUACAGGUGCAGCAAACGCCGACGAAGUUACAACUGAUUAUCGACGAUUCCGACGUUGGAAC